GUGGCUUCUGGAACGCCUCCUUCGACUAGGGCGGGCCCUUUCCGUGUCGCUGCUACAGGGAUACCAAGAUGGAAAUGCAGGGGCUUUCUGGUGCCCAAAACAUUCACAUUCAACAUGGCGCCCUCCACGGGACCACUUUGUCUCAUCUUCAAUCAGCGACAGGCCCGAUACCUUAUUUUAUUUCCAACGAAAAUGAAGCGAAUGAUCUACUGGGGCAGACGGAGCCACACAGUGACAACAACAACAACAACACCAGGCCGAGGACUUCACCGUUUCACCUACUGGCGGAAAAUGGCAGCGGAGCGGCUUGUUCGCCUAUCAGCAAACCACAACCGAGCGAUAAAACACAUUUACCGAUCAACGGACCGAAUGUCGGACUUCAUAACGUGAGCACAGAGAAAGACAAUGAGCUCGACGCGCUGCUCGGUUCGCGGGAGUUUGUGAAGACUGCCUGGAAAUAUGGGGUAGAAUGCGGGGAUACUGUAAUGCAAAUGGCGCUGCCUCUGUUUGAAGGGGAAGAGGAACCGAUGCCACAGAGGCAGUUAACGUUACCGUUUCCAGUUUUACGGCAACAGCGUGAGGACAAGCAGCCGGCACUCGCCAGCCACAGCGCUACUCUGCCGGGGAGCUUCAGCACGGCGAAUCGGACUGAGAAAACCACCCAGGAAUUGUAUGUUGUUUUUAAUGUCGUGCAAGAGGAUGGCAACGGCGAAGCGAGUAAACAGCGGCCGGACGUGUCCCCGGAGGGUUGCGAUCGAAUGAAAGGUAAAAGACCAGCGUGCUCUAAUGCAAAUCCCUAUGGCUCCAUGGAGGGUGGAAACAGCAGUGACGUUAUUCUGUAUGAAUCUAACGACAACUUAAACUGUCUUGAUGCCCAGGCCCUGAAAAAAGCCGACCAUGUUUUCAAUUUGAUAAACGACCACGCCACCGUGGGUAACGCGAAACAGACUCGAUAUCACCACACCGUCGAGGAUGUUGUUUUGACAAACAAAUAUGGUGAUAAGAUAUGUGGCCAGAUUUGCACCGAAAACAAUGAAAGUAAACUGGUCAGGGAGCUCUCGUCGCACUCCCGUGUUGACGAGAGCGGAGCCUUGAUUUCAGGAAGCUCUGGUGUCGCGGAAGCCAUGGACACCUCGGACUUUAUUCCAGAGCCAGCGGGGCUGCAGGGCAACGCAAACCCGGUCACGGUCUCCACAAGUCCGCCCGCGAGUGAAACCUUUUCCGGUACCAUCACAAUAAACAACCAAAGCAUCAUAGUGACGAUAGAAAACGGGAUACUGACUCUCGCUGCCCCACCAGAGGGAUAUGUGCACAAAGAGGACGACAUGGUCAGCUUAAAGGAGCACCUAGGCAUGAAAGACCAUGAGGACAUUGUUCUUCUCAACUAUGACAGUGGCACUAAAUCCAUCGGGAAGAUCAGCACCCUGGCAGUGUCCAGCUCCAGCCAGCAGGAAGAGCCCAGGCCUGGUUUGUCUGUGAGUGACUCCGAGCUGGCUCUGGUGGAUGACUGCUCGUUAUCAGAGCUUGGGACAUCUCUGGACUCCUGUCCCUUAGUGAAGCAGGAGCCAGGGACGCUGUACGCUGUGACAGAGGCCGAUCUGGUUACCCCGGCGCCCAAAACUAUUGCGGCAGACUGUGACAGGCGGGACUUCCAGUCUGUGCCGCUCAUACGGUCCAAGAAGGAGGCCGUGGCUUCUUUUGGGUGCCCAGAACCAGGCUGCUUCAGCGUAUUUAACACGCGUCAGAAACUCAAAGUCCACUUCCUGCACCAUGCCGAGGACCCACGCCUCUACAAAUGCACCGUCGAGGGCUGCGGCUGGGCGUUUGCCACCUCUUACAAGCUGAAGCGGCAUCUUCAGUCCCACGAUAAGCAGCGGCCGCACACCUGUCCGUUCAAGGGCUGCGGGCGGCGGUUCACCACGGUCUAUAACCUCAAGGCUCACUUUAAAGUCCACGAGCUGGACAACGCCUUCGUUUGCGAGGUCUGCAGCGAGAGGUUUCGCAGUGCGACGCGACUCACCAAUCACCAGAGGGUCCACUUCGAGCCGCAGAGGCCGCACAAGUGUGAAUUCCCAGGCUGUGAAAAAACCUUCAUCACCUUCAGUGCCCUGUUCUCCCACAAUCGCACUCACUUCCGAGAAACGGGCCACUUCACUUGCAGCUUCCCGGGCUGCGACAAGACGUACGACAAGGCCUGUCGUCUCAAAAUCCACAUGAGAAGUCACACCGGUGAGAGACCGUUUGUCUGUGACUCGGAGGGCUGUGGCUGGUCCUUCACCAGCAUGUCGAAGUUGCUCCGACAUAAACGGAAACACGAAGAUGACCGACGUUUUGUCUGUACAGAGGAGGGUUGUGGGAAAUCCUUCACCCGGGCAGAGCACCUGAAGGGUCACAGUAUCAUCCACCUGGGUACCAAGCCCUUCCAGUGCCAUGCGGAAGGCUGUAAUGCCAAGUUCUCAGCACGCAGCAGCCUGUACAUCCACUCCAAGAAGCAUAAGCAGGACGCCAGCACCCUGAGGACUCGCUGUCCGAUGGCCAACUGCUCCAAGCACUUCUCUUCCCGCAGCAGCCUUAAGAGCCACAUGCUCAAACACCACCACCUCAGUCCUGAUGUUCUCAGCCAGAUGGAGACCACGCCCACCCUGACCCCCAGCAGCGAGCUCAUCAGCUCCACCCCAACAACAGUGGCCGGGCCCGGAGUUGCCGGGGGCGACCAGCUGACCAACCUGGACCUCAGCUCUCUUUUCUCCGCCGUGCCGGGUGGGGGUGCACCCUCUGCUGGCAUCGGAGUGGGGAUUCCCGUCGCUGAGAGUGACUGUAACGGCACUUUUACCAUGGACCUUUCCCUGGUCAGCUCAGGCAUCCUCACCAUUGACCCCUCCUCGGUCAGCACCACUAUGGGGAUCGGCACUAGUACCACGUUGGCCAAAGCCGCGGACCCUCUUAUCCUGGCAGCCAGUGCUGAUAUGGGCCCCCAUCACGGUUUGGAAGGAUCAGUGGGCGACGUCCUGCCCCCACAGGGCACUCUCAAUCUGGACGAUGUGCAGACGGUCACCCCGGAGGCCCUGGGGACCCUCCCGGCUCUCACCGUGCAGGGCGCCGGUGCCUCUGUGGACCCCGCUCUGCAGCACCCACUCAGCUCCUCCAGUGCCCUGAGUGUGGAGCCCGCUGCCUCCCUUGCGGCGGCCCCUGUCGCAGAGCCGCUGGCCUCGCCCUCGGAGGUGGUGGAGGUGGGUGGCCAGGAGGGAGCGGGGCCGCUGCUGGGCUGCGUGGAGGCGCUGGGACCUCAGGAGGGAGAGAAAGGCCUCACCCAGUUUGUUUUCCCCAGUCACAGCAGCAGCUUCAGCCCACAGAAAGAACAGGAGCUCACUGCCAUGUCACCAACCAGCUUCCUGGAGAGUGGAGGCUCAGCUAGGACUGACUACAGAGCCAUCCAGCUGGCCAAAAAGAAGAAGCAACGAGGUCCUCCAGCCUCCUCUGGGGUUUCAGGGUCGAGUCAGAGGAAAACUAAAGGAGUGAAGGCAGCGUCGUCUCCCACACCCAUGGCUCCCUCUGGUGUUCGUUAUGGUGAAGGAGCGGCAGCAGCAACCAAUGGGGGCCUGACCCUGCGUGACCCCGUCACCGGGGCCCAGUAUGUCCAGAUUCAGCUGCUGCAGGAUGACCCUGCCAGUGAUGGAGACCUGGCCUUCCAGCUGAGCUCUCAACCCUCCAGCUCCCACUCUCAGCUCACUGCCGACCUGCCUGUCAACAUUUUACAGGAACCUUCGGUGAUGGCGGAGGACGACAACGGCUCCGACAACUCCCAGUUCACGGGAAGCACAAUCAACCUCCAGGACCUGGAGUGACGAUCACGGCGCUGCAGGUCAGAGGUCCGCUGCAACGGUCGACCUCGUCGCCGUCCACAGUUUCCACCAACAAACGUACUCCGAGAAGGGUCGACUCCCAUUAAACGGUCGCUUCAUCUUUUUUUUCUUUUUUUCUCCCCAAGACUUUGAAAGGCUUUUGGGACAUAUUCAUAUCGCGAAGGGGGUGGAUAAGAGUCCACAGUUAACGCACCUUGACGAAAGGAGACAAGGAUUUGUUUGCUUCUGAAGUCCACUUUGUACCAAAAUGGAACCUGAGGGCGCUCUGCUCGGGGUUCUGAUAGCAACGGUUUCUAUUCCACGUUGCCACACACACACACACAGUGCGCUGUCUACGCUCCAGUUGCCUUACAGCCUUGCAUUCCUCCACUGGCGGGGCAUCCGCUUUAUUUUGUGGCUACUUUUGAUUUCUUACUUUUUGUCCUAUUUUUUUCUUUUUCUUGUUUCGAUGGAAGCAGCCCAUGUUAAAAACGAAAACCAUGCUUGAUCAUGUGUUUGUAUGCAUUGUCAUGAGUUACUACCUUCUUGUUAUUGUAUCUGUUAUUUAUUAUUUAGCUGUGGGUUUACAUAAUGGCAGAGCCAAACACAGAGAUGAAUUAAAGAAUCAAAGCACAAUCGGAGCGCUGUCGUGUGGAGGCCUUCAUUCCUUUUUAGUUUUAUGAAAUGACAACCAUGGAUUCAUUUUGUCCGGGCAGAAAAUGUUCGAGGAUUCAUAGGAUGCAUGAAGGAAAGCACGUGAAUAUAAUCAGCCGUACGGAGGGGGAUUUUUUUUUUUUUUAUACCAAACAUGUUUUAGAGGAUCUAAGAUAUAAAGUUUAGCUCAAUCCAACAUGAGGCGUUAAAAGAUUUGCUGAAUUAUUGCCGGUAACGGUACCUCAGAGGAGAAGGUAAACACUGGAAGGCAUUUGACCAUUUUAAUGGAGCCAAUGAGACCAGAGACUUGUGGCGUCUCUACGGCAACGUGUUGCUGCCACCAUGGCAGACGGUUAAUUUGAUCCGUGAGAUUCUCUUACGGUUUUAUUCCAUUUAAGAUACCGGAUGAUUCAGUUUCCACAAUAAAUAUUUGUUGGAACAACAUAUCACUUUAUCUUGCCACAUCACAAAACUCGUGUAUCUUGUUAAAGCAAGUGUUGUAAUGGCAAGAAACGGAUGUUCAAAUUAGAACUUUGAGGGAUCGCAGCCCAAGUAUGCGAGACUGUAUGGAUAUGGUUUACGUUUUAUUGAAUGCCCUGGAUGGUUGCAUUGCCACCUGUCCACAUCAACAAUGCAUCCAGGAAGUAGUCGGACCCCGUAUAAUUAAUUUCCCCCCCCCUCACGCCAUACUUAAAUCUCCAAAUUGGCAAAACAGGGUUUUUAAAAUGUUUGCAAAUGUAUUAAAAAUGCAGCUUUCAUGUUUACACAAGUAUUUGGACCCUUAGCUGAAGCCUUGAUGACAGCCUUGUGUUGCAUGAUUCCCCCCAGAACAGCUUUUCCCAAAUAAAUGUGCUCCAUUUUUUUCCCUUUGAGCCUCGUGUUCAUAUUUCAGUCUAAAUAUAAUAUUGAAUCCAAUCACAAAGUCUAGCUGAUCUGUUUUAUUAAAUGAGGGCAAAUGAAACAACAGGUUGUGUUGACUGACGAAAAUGCUUAUUUUUUGGUCGCAUGUAAAAAGUAUUUAAUGUGAAUAUGUUUUCAUUAACAUACAGGAAACUUAGUAAAUCUAUCUCAAUGACUAGUUUACCUUUUCUACUGUAAUCUAGAAAUGGAAUGCACAUUUUUGCAUAAAUUCACUUUUAUGGAUCCCUAGAAAAACAUUUUGGAAAACCCUGUUCUGAGAUUCUCCCGUUCUCACAACAUAUGCACGUUUUAUGUCAAUAAUACACCAACUCAUGUAAUAAUAAUGACAAAACUCUUUUUAAUAAGACGUUGGGUCUCAUAAAGAUAAGAUGAAAUGGUUUAUUACAAGAAAAUGUUCUUGCGAUAACAUUAAUUGGUAUCUAGAAAUAAAAUGAAAAACAGGGUGUAUAACUUAAGUCUUGUUUUAACAGAGUACCAUUGUUGUUGUCAUGGUAGCACCGAUCUGCUGCCCAAUGAUUCAAGCACCGCCACACUUCCCAAAAGCCCUGAAUAUUAUGGUCUGGUUUGUGUUUGAGGAACAACAGCGCCCUGUUUUAAAGGGCCAGUUCACCCAAAGCCAGGGCAAGCAGCUCUUUUAACAGUACCAUGAGCUCACCAGUAGAUGGCGACCAAGUCAGAGAUUUACUGACGUCACCUGGUGAAUGGUUGAGUGUGAGAGACUGUCAGGGACAUACCGUGUUACCAUGACAACUUAAAAAGAUAUGUACAAUUGUGGGUAUUUAAUACUUUUUACUCCUUGAUUUGAAAAUCUUCCAGGAUCUUUUUUCACGAGAUGAGGUCAUUAAAAAAUAUAUAUAUUUGUUUUUGUCAAAACAGCUUCAAUAAUGAAUGUUUGAUGAAUAAAUCUGAGAUAUAAUCUUUGUUUCCAUUUGCCAGAAUGAC